AUGGGGCCGCAACGGAGAGGUGAAGUGAAGGCUGCGCUCUCGUCAGAGGAGUCGAAAAUGAUCGUCAUUUCAGAAAUUAUUCAGGAACUGGUCCUCGCACACAACGAGAAACGCGAUGUCAACCUGAACAGAGUCAAGUGCGACGCCUCCGCGAGGCAUGGCAUGAAAUCGCAGCCCAAACUGGUGGACAUAAUCGCCGCCAUCCCUCCGCAGUACAAAAAAAUCCUCCUGCCGAAACUGAAAGCCAAGCCCGUGCGGACAGCAAGUGGCAUUGCUGUCGUCGCGGUCAUGAGUAAACCUCACCGCUGUCCCCACAUCAACUACACCGGGAACAUCUGCGUCUACUGCCCGGGAGGUCCCGACUCGGAUUUCGAAUACUCGACGCAGUCUUACACCGGGUACGAACCGACUUCGAUGCGCGCGAUACGGGCUCGAUACGAUCCUUUCCUCCAAACGCGCCAUCGGGUCGAGCAAUUGAAGCAGCUCGGGCACGAUGUCGACAAGAUCGAGUUCAUCGUGAUGGGUGGAACUUUCAUGUCGUUGCCCGAGGAUUAUAGAGACUACUUCAUCCGGAGUCUCCACGAUGCGCUGUCCGGUCACACGAGCUCAAAUGUGGAUGAAGCUGUCAAGUAUUCCGAGCGUUCAAAGACGAAGUGCAUCGGAAUAACCAUCGAGACACGGCCGGACUACUGUUUGCAACGGCAUCUAUCAGACAUGCUGAGGUACGGAUGCACGAGGCUAGAAAUCGGAGUCCAGAGCGUCUACGAAGACGUGGCCAGGGAUACGAACCGCGGGCACACCGUCGCUUCUGUAUGCGAGACUUUUCACAUGGCGAAAGACAGCGGAUUCAAAGUUGUCACUCACAUGAUGCCGGAUUUGCCGAACGUGGAUUUCGAGAGAGAUAUUCUGCAAUUCGUCGAACUAUUCAAAAACCCGGAUUUCCGAAUGGACGGACUCAAAAUCUAUCCCACACUAGUCAUUCGAGGAACGGGCUUGUACGAGCUCUGGAAAACCGGGAGAUACGCGAGUUAUCCACCUGCUCUGCUCGUGGAUUUGAUCGCCCAAAUUCUCUCUCUCGUUCCGCCAUGGGUGCGAAUUUACCGAGUGCAGAGAGACAUCCCGAUGCCCUUGGUGAGUUCCGGUGUCGAAAAUGGGAAUCUCAGGGAACUGGCAUUGGCGCGAAUGAAAGAUCUCGGUUUGGUCUGCCGAGAUGUUCGUACUCGGGAGGUCGGUAUCCAAGAAAUCCACAACAAAGUCGUUCCCUAUCAUAUCGAGUUGAUCCGGAGAGACUACGUCGCUAACGGGGGUUGGGAGACUUUCCUGGCCUAUGAGGACCCUCAUCAAGACAUACUCGUGGGUCUACUGCGCUUGCGGAAAUGUUCUUCAGAGCAAACAUUCCGACCCGAGUUGAUGGGUCAGCAGUGCUCGAUAGUUCGUGAACUCCACGUGUACGGGAGCGUGGUCCCAGUACACUCGAGGGAUCCGACUAAGUUCCAGCAUCAGGGGUUCGGCACACUCUUGAUGGAAGAAGCAGAGCGGAUCGCUCGCGAAGAACACAACUCGACGAAAAUUGCAGUCAUCUCGGGCGUCGGCACUCGGAAUUACUACAGAAAACUCGGAUAUCAGCUCGAUGGCCCUUACAUGUCGAAAUCGCUCGUCUGA